CAGAACUCUUGGUCUUGGUGGCAGUAUAUCACAUCUCUGACCUCUUUUCCCGCUUUUAACAUUCUUAUUUUGAUCCUGUUGUAGUUUUUUCUAAUUGUGUGGAGAGAUGUCAUCUGCGCCGUCUCCGGGUUCCACUCCGUCAACUCCACCACAACUUCCUCCCGUUCCUUUUCCCGUCACCUUUCCUCCUAUACUUCAGCCUCCCGUCGUUCCUCCUAUAAUUCAGCCUCCCGUCGUUCCUCCUAUAACUCCGCCUCCCGUCGUUCCUUCUCCACCUCCGCCUACACCCAUUCCUUCUCCACCUUCUCCUCUGCCUCCGGCUCCUACCACUCCUUCACCUCCCUUGACGCCUUCUCCUCUGCCUCCUUCACCUCCCUUGACACCUUCUCCUUUGCCUCCUUCUCCCACCAUUCCUUCACCUCCCUUGACGCCUUCUCCUCCGCCUCCAUCUCCAACCAUUCCUUCAUCACCUCCCUUUACGCCUUCAUCUCCGCCUCCACCUUCUCCCUUGAGACCUUCUUCUCCUCCGCCUCCGUCUCCCUCUACUCCUUCAACUCCGCCGAGAUCUUUUCCAUCUCCGCCGCCUCCCUCAACAACACCUACUCCGCCUCAGUCGGGCACUCUCAACCCUCCACUUCCAGCAAAUCCCUCUGGCGGGGGUUCUUCACCGCCGCCUUCUUCCCCUUCCGUUGGAUUAUCAUCGGGACUGGUGGUUGGCAUCGCCAUCGGAGGAGUUGCUAUGCUUGUUGUGGUAUUGGCUUUGAUUUUUUUCAUUUUUAAGAAGAAACGACGAAGAGACGAAGAAACACCUCCUGCGCACUUAGCUGGAGGCCCUUACCGUGGACAUCAGCAUCAAAAUGCAUCAUUUCCACCACCGAUGCCACCCUCUGCACCACCACGUCGGCCACACUUCAUGAGCAGCAGUAGCAGCGGCGGCUACGACUCAAACUACUCGGAUCAAUCAGUUCUUCCUCCACAAUCUCCAGGGCUUCCAUUAGGCAUCUAUCAAGGCACUUUUAACUAUGAGGAGCUGUCUAGAGCCACCAAUGGCUUCUCUGAGGCCAAUUUGUUAGGGCAAGGCGGUUUCGGAUACGUGUUCAAAGGUAUGUUGCGUAAUGGGAAAGAAGUUGCUGUGAAACAGUUGAAAGAAGGGAGUGCUCAGGGAGAGAGAGAGUUUCAGGCAGAGGUUGGGAUCAUUAGCCGAGUUCACCACAGACAUUUGGUUGCUCUUGUCGGUUAUUGCAUUGCGGAUGCUCAAAGAUUGCUUGUCUAUGAGUUUGUUCCCAACAACACUCUCGAGUUUCACCUCCAUGGGAAGGGACGGCCUCCAAUGGAAUGGAGUUCAAGAUUGAAGAUUGCUAUUGGUUCUGCCAAAGGAUUAUCAUAUCUUCAUGAAAAUUGCAAUCCUAAAAUCAUCCACCGUGAUAUCAAGGCCUCAAACAUAUUGAUUGAUUUCAAAUUUGAAGCAAAGGUUGCUGAUUUUGGUCUUGCCAAGAUUGCUUCUGAUACAAACACUCAUGUAUCUACACGUGUGAUGGGAACCUUUGGGUAUUUGGCUCCAGAAUAUGCUUCAAGCGGAAAGCUCACAGAAAAAUCUGACGUCUUCUCAUUUGGUGUUGUGCUGUUGGAGCUAAUAACCGGUCGUCGUCCUAUUGAUGCAAACAAUGUCCAUGCAGAUAAUAGCUUGGUUGAUUGGGCACGACCUUUGCUUAACCAAGUAUCCGAGGUAGGCAACUUUGAGGCUGUGGUUGAUACAAAGCUGAAUAAUGAGUAUGACAGAGAAGAGAUGGCUCGCAUGGUUGCUUGUGCCGCAGCUUGUGUCCGCUCUACAGCUCGCCGUAGACCUCGCAUGGACCAGGUUGCACGUGUGCUGGAAGGAAACAUAUCACCGUCAGACCUGAACCAAGGGAUCACACCGGGUAACAGCAAUGUGUACGGUUCAUCCGGAGGACGCACAGAUUAUGACUCGAGCCAAGACAAUGAAGGCGUGAACAAGUUUAGGAAAAUGGGACUUGAGACUCAAGAUUUGUAUAGUAAUCCAAUCAGUGAAUAUGAUUUGUACCCAUCCUGGUCGAGCACCGAGAUUCAGACCACACGGGAAAUGGAGAUGGGCAAUGCUAAAAGACCCGGUCAAGGUUAUGGUUAGUGAGGCAAGAAAUUACAAAGUUUUUUUUUUCUUUUUUAAUUCUUUGUUUAAUUAUAAAGAUUUGGGUAGAUGUCUUAAGAUUAACUCUAACUGAAAUGCGAUUUUAUAAUGAUUUUCUAUUUUUUUUUCUUUGUUUUCUUUCCCUAGAAGUUAAUUGUAAUAAUAAUAGUCAGAUUGAGGUUGAGGUUUGAA